AAUCUCAGAGACACACACUGAGUGUGAAAUAUAUAAAAGGAGUGUGUUAAAAUGACCACUAAACAUACGUCUCUCUCUCUCUCUCUCUCUUCUUCCCUCCUUUCUCUCUCUCAAACCACCAAACCCCCUCUCUCGAUCAAACCACCCUUCUCUCUCUCCCUCCCUCACUCACACACAAUCACAUGCUGCUGUGUGAUUCUGUACCUACAACGUAUAAAAUACCUCUGUAAAUAUCUAUCUCCGCACACUGUUAUGAAAUACUUCCGUUGUAUAGUGUAGAUACUGUAUAUUUAUAGAGAGAGAGAGAGUGUGCGUGUGUGUGUGGGAGAGUGUGCGCGUGUGUGUAUAAAAAUAUGGAGAGAUAUAGCGGGAUCCAGGCAAUGGAGGCGGAUCCGGUGGCGGAAUGGGCGGCGCCGGGCGGAGAAACCGGGCUUGAAGAGCCUAUGUGGCAAUUGGGCCUUGGUGGAGGGCCCGAAGCGUACCCAGAGAGGCCCGAUGAGCCCGAUUGUAUCUAUUACUUAAGGACUGGUUUCUGUGGAUACGGCAAUCGCUGCCGGUUCAAUCAUCCCCGGGAUCGUGGCACGGCAAUGGGAGCUCUUAGAGCUGGUGGAGGCGAGUACCCGGAACGUGUAGGCCAACCAAUCUGUCAGUACUACAUCCGGACAGGAAUGUGUAAAUUUGGUGGUUCCUGCAAGUAUCAUCAUCCAAAGCAAGGAGUUGGGUCUUCCGCCCCUGUGGCACUGAAUUUUUAUGGAUAUCCUCUGCGACUGGGAGAAAAAGAAUGUUCAUAUUAUGUUAAGACAGGGCAGUGCAAGUUUGGUGUCACCUGUAAAUUUCAUCAUCCACAGCCGGCAGGGAUACCAAUGCCACCCCCUGGCCCUGGUUCUUUGUCUGCUUCAGCAGCUGUGCCAACACCAGCUAUGUAUCCAACUGGACCAUCUCCUUCCGUUCAAUCUUCUCAACAGUAUGGAGUUAUUCAAGGCAACUGGCCAGUUGCCAGGCCUGCCAUGCUUCAAGGUUCUUAUGUUCCUGGAAGUUAUGGUCAUGUGAUCCUUCCUCCUGGAGUUGUUCCUGUUCCUGGCUGGACUCCCUAUGCGGCACCUGUUAGUCAUGCGGCCUCACCAAGUAAUCAACCAACAAUUGGUGCAACCCCGAUUUAUGGGAUACCACAAUUGUCUCCUUCAGCUACUGCCUAUACAGGACCAUACCUUUCCAUUACAUCUUCUGCCGGCCUCUCGAGUGGCAGUCAAAAAGAACAAGCAUUUCCCGAAAGACCUGGGCAACCAGAAUGCCAGUACUAUAUAAGGACUGGGGAUUGUAAAUUUGGAGCUACAUGUAAAUACCAUCAUCCACCAGAGUGGAAUGCAUCAAAGACCAAUUACGUACUUAGCCCAAUGGGUCUGCCACUACGCCCAGGUGCGCCACUUUGUUCUCACUAUGCACAGAAUGGAGUGUGCAAAUUCGGGCCCUCUUGCAAAUUUGAUCAUCCGAUGAGAUCUUUGAGUUACAGUCCUUCUGCAUCUUCUCUGACCGACAUGCCAGUUGCUCCUUACCCUGUUGGAUCCACAAUUGCAACUUUGGCUCCAUCAUCCUCGUCGUCAGAUCUAAGGCCCGAGCUGCUUUCUGGGUUCAGCCAAAUGUCUUCUAUGAGCAGCUCAAGCGCAUCAGUUGGCUCAAUAUUCUCAAAAACCGGGGCUCUCCCUCUGUCAUAUGUUCAGCAGUCCGGGCAGGGCUCAGUUUCUUCAAGUGGUGGCAGUAGCACAGCAAGUCAUGGUGGUGAGACGCACACAUCAAGCUGAAUGGAAGGAACGAGUCAUUGGCCAUUUCCACAAAGCAAAACUCGAAGUUUUUUGGUGCCAGCAAUAGUCAUCCUUUCAGGUCUACCACACCACACCUUAGCUACUUCCAUCAUUGUUCAUAAAUAUCACGUGGCCGCCUUUUCCUUUUCAAAUAAGCCAUACAUACCCUCUCGAAAAAUCUCAUUUAGCUUUUCAACUUAGUCUUUCAAUAACAAAAAAGCCCAAAUCCAACCUUCCCCUUUAGAUUAUUCCCAUGUGCUGCUCGAAUUUUGGAGCUUGUUCUCUAUUUAUGCUAUCUUUUCCGGAACGGGAAAGAUGAGUCCUCACCAUUCUCAAUCUGGACAUAGUCACUGUUUCUACACCUGUUUCAUUCCCUUCACCUCGGAGUGAGCAUGGUUCUUCUUCCCCUUUUUUGUUUGGGGAUUUUAUUCUCAAUCGAUAAACUCGUAGAAAUACAGAAGCAGUUUAAUGCUUCCCUUUGUAUGUAGAUAUGUAGUUAUGUUGUGAACUAUGAAUUGUGCUUGAAUGCUGCUUCAUAAUUAUCUGAAUAUAUCAAAGAAUUUAGAGGAAA